AUGUUGGAUUUCUACAGGCGUCCGAGCACUUGGCUUGAAGGGAACCCGCGCUCCAGCUCGAAGACCUUUGGCCAAGGGCGGGCGCAGUCGCAGCUCUCGUCGACCACGUCGAACGACCCGGAGACUGCGGUGGAUAAUCAGUCGACGGCUGGGAGAACGACGAACGGGAAUGGAGACCGUCGCUCCGAUCGCGAGCUGCGUGAUCUCAAGGUCAUGUUCCCGGAGGGCCAGUUGUCGGUCGUUACGGGCCCGACGGCGAGCGGGAAGACUACUCUGUUGAUGGCGCUUCUCGGAGAGAUGACCCGCCGAGGAAAGGUUUAA